ACCCUUCCUCAACUCUCCAAGACCGCCAAAAAAAAAAUGACUGGACUACUUUAUAUCCAAUGGGUCCAAUCUAUAAUAUCAAAUAAAGCAUGUCGUCAUCAGAUGAUACCACCUCGCCCUCUGAACCACCAACGGACCUGGUUUCGCCAUUCAUGAACCUCCCGACGGAACUCCAUAUCCUUAUCGCUAACUACCUCAUCUUCCCCGACAUCAUCCAUCUAAAGUUGACCUGCGCCUACUUCAAUCACCUAAUCCCACCACUUUCACACCGGGAGCUCCUUGACGCUGAGCUCACAGAUUUUGCUUGGGAUCACGACCUCUACGCCUGUCGGUAUUGUCUCCGGUUCCGUCCAGCGGCUAAAUUCGCGGAUCGGAUGCUUCGACGUCGCCGUCGUAGAUGUGGCCGUGAUGCUGUAAAGCGCUUCUGUGUGGAUUGUGGGCUAAUGCCACGCCGCGGCGCAGCAAGGUACGGGCCUGGGGCGCACAUCAGGAUUCAGGGGCAUCUAUUCGUGAUCUGUAUGGUUUGCAGGAAUUUCACAUAUGCAAUGCUGGAUCGGCAUAAGAACGGAAUGAAGGUGUGUGCGGAUUGCUGGGAUGAGAGGUUGAAACGCCAGGAACAUUUGUAUGGUGAGGUCCUCGGUGAUUUGUCUUCUGCAUACGGGUGUCCUUCGGAUUGAGAUUGGAUGCCGGACGCGAUAGCACUCUCCUCCUACUUUUGCUUGACGGAAAUUACGCUUAUGACCGCGCCAUGAUGCUACGUACGAACUUGAUGACCUAUUUUAGUCUACGA